AUGAAAACAAUUGAAAAAUUAUCAGUGACUGUUAAGACAAUGAUAACGGCAUUAGAAACGUUAACACGAACAUUUACCGGACCAAAAUAUGAAACAUUAAGUGGAACAAGUUAUAAACAUUCAAGAGGAUCAAAUAGAUCGCCAUCAAUCGUUCCUGACGAAGAUUCAGUGAGUCGUUUUAUUGACAAUCGUGAGAAUAACGUACAAGACGCUGAUGAACAUAAACAAGCAAGUGAAUAUCGAUGGCCACGUGAUACAUUAUUAUCUGUUAUUUCAACAUUUGUUCAUUUGUCUACAAAACGUUUAAAAGAAUUGGCAAAAUUAAUAAAUGAUCCUCAAUUACGUUUACCAGAAUUAUUAGAUGCAAAAUGUCAUUCACGUUUAGCCGAUAUUGCUCAUAUACUUUUAAAAUUAGGCGACUAUGAUCCAAUAACAAUAUCACAAAAUUAUUUUCAAAAAUUAUUACCGUGUACAAAUUGGGCCCAUGAAACAUUGGGGUAUUACUAA